CCGGGGCGGAGGCUCAGCCGCCGGCCGCCGCCUCCCGCGGCGUCCACACUGGCUGUGGGCGCGGAACGCAGCGGCCGGGCUGAACCUUGCUGGCCCGCGGCGCCAUGAGCCGCAGCCUGGACGCGGCGCAGAGCUUCCUGGAGCGUCUGGAAGCGCGCGGCGACCGGGAGGCGGCGGUCCUCGCCGGCGAGUUCAGCGACAUUCAGGCCCGCUCGGCCGCCUGGAAGGCUGACGGCGUGUGCUCCACCGAGGCCGGCAGUCAGCCGGGGAACGUCAGGAAGAACCGCUACAAAGAUGUGCUGCCUUAUGAUCAGACGCGAGUGAUCCUCUCCCUGCUCCAGAAAGAGGGACACAGUGACUACAUUAAUGGCAACUUCAUCAGGGGCGCGGAUGGAAGCCGGGCCUACAUCGCCACACAAGGACCCUUGCCUCACACCCUGCUAGAUUUCUGGCGACUGAUCUGGGAGUUUGGGGUCAAGGUCAUCCUGAUGGCCUGUCGAGAGAUAGAGAACGGUCGGAAAAGGUGUGAGCGGUACUGGGCCCAAGAGCAGGAGCCACUGCAGACUGGGCUUUUCUGCAUCACUCUGCUUAAGGAGAAGCAACUGAAUGAGGACAUCGUGCUCAGGACCCUCAAGGUCACACUCCAGAAGGAGUCCCGCUCCGUGUACCAGCUGCAGUAUAUGUCCUGGCCAGACCGCGGGGUCCCCAGCAGUCCUGACCACAUGCUCGCCAUGGUGGAGGAAGCCCGUCGCCUCCAGGGAUCUGGCUCUGAACCCCUCUGUGUCCACUGCAGCGCGGGCUGCGGGCGAACAGGCGUCCUGUGCACCGUGGAUUAUGUGAGGCAGAUGCUCCUGACCCAGAUGAUCCCACCUGACUUCAGCCUCUUCGACGUGGUCCUUGAGAUUCGGAAGCAGCGGCCUGCAGCCGUGCAGACCGAGGAGCAGUACAGGUUCCUGCACCACACGGUGGCUCAGAUGUUCCGCUCCACACUCCAGAAUGCCAGCCCCCUCUACCAGAACCUCAAAGAGAAUUGUGCCCCAGUGUACGACGAUGCCCUCUUCCUCCGGACGCCCCCAGCGCUUCUCGCCAUACCCCGCCCACCAGGAGGGGUCCUCAGGAGCAUCUCGGUGCCCGGAUCCCCGGGCCACGCCAUGGCUGACACCUACGCGGUGGUGCAGAAGCGCGGGGCUGCAGCGGGCGCCGGGACAGGGCCGGGACCGCGCAGCGCGGAGGACGCGCCGCUCUACAGCCAGGUGACGCCGCACGCCCAGCGGUCCGGGGCGCACGCGGAGGACGCGCGGGGGACGCUGCCUGGCAGCGUUUCUGCAGACCAAGGCCCUGCCGGAUCUGGCGCCUACGAGGACGUGGCUGGUGGAGCUCAGACCGGUGGGCUGGGCUUCAACCUGCGCAUUGGGAAGCCGAAGGGGCCCCGGGACCCGCCUGCUGAGUGGACCCGGGUGUGAGUCUGCGCCAGCUCCUGCCUUUUGCCUCGUGUGAGCUUGGACUACUGAUGCCCCAGCGCUGCCGAGUGCCGUGUGCCGAAUGGAAACAGUGGGCCUGGAUCAAAAUAAAAGUUUUUCAGGGUGGGAAAUGUGCGGGCUUUGCCCCAGUGACUGUAGCAUUCAAGGCUUGAGGCUGGAGGAGGUAGGUAGGUUAUAAUGGCUAGUGAGAGCAGAUUCAAGAAAGAACAUCGGGAAGGGGCAUGGCCCCUGAGUUGUGAGGGGGAGAAUGGACAGAUGGGCUUCCAGAGACUGCUGCCCGCACCACAUGACGCACUAGUCCAUCAUCAGCACCUGAGCCUCCCUCACUUGGACACUCAGGUGACCACACAGAGAAAUGGAUGGACCCCUAGCCAUCCAGGCAUAUCCAAGCCAGGCAUAAGCACAGCCAAGCAGACUAAUCCCAGGCAGACCGAUAAAAAGACCUCCAGAUAGCCGAGUGCCGUGGCUCAUGCCUGUAAUCCGAGCACUUUGGGAGGCCGUGGUGGGUGAAUCACCUGAGGUCAGGAGUUCAAGACCAGCCUGGCCAUCAUGGUGAAACACCAUCUUAAAAAAAAAAAAAAAUACCUCCAGAUAGGCAGACAGACAGAUGGACCACCAACCUGGACACAUAGCCAAACCUUCAGAGAUACAGUCCACAGGUGGACAGAGGACCCCAGCCAGAGAGACAGACCAGCCAACAGCUUGACAAAAUAGUCCAGCCAGACAGACCACCAAACAGAGCCUCCAAAACACAGACAUCUCUGCCAGCUGGAUGGCCAGGUGGACCCCUAAAUUAGACAGAUUACUAGACAAAUAAACAUCCCCAGCUGAACAGACACACAGACUUCUCAGACCCCAACCCCACCCCCAGGUGGGCUGGCUGAUUGACAAACCUUCUGGCCAGACAGACUCCUGACUAGGCAGAUGGACUGCCAGACAGACAGACAUCAGUCACACAGAAUCCUGACAUCCCAGCCGGCCGGCUAGACUCCCAUCUUGAUGGAUGGACCCCAGUUGGUCGGACAUGAUUCUUCAGAUUGACAGAGAAGUCCCCCAAAUAAGUACACAUCUCUAGCUAUUCAGACAGAUGGACCCCCAGCAAAUCUAUCUAGACAGACCCCAGCCGGAAAGACCCCCAACCAGACUGACCCCUUGCUGUUUACACAGCCUCCCAAGUAGCUGGAACUACAGAUCUAAUUUUUUUUUUUUUUUAGAGAUGGUUUUUUACCAUGUUGCCCAGGCUGGUCUUGAACCCCUGAGCUCAAGCAGUCCUCCUGCCUCAGCCUCCUAAAGUGCUGAGAUUACAGGUGUGAGUCACCAGGCCUAGCCCCGUAAGAUUCUAAAUACUUUAAAUGGUCCAUGGUAGGGUUCCUGCUAGGAUGAAACAUAUGCAGUUGUUUAAAAGAAAAAAAAGGAAGGAGGACGCACCUCUGUGGACAAAUCUCCAAGUCACUGCAAAAUGGAAAACGUUUAAGAUGCUCUUUCCAGGAACCUGGAGGGACCAGCGCCUCACCUUCAGGCCUCUAGACCUCUGACUGACACUGUUUGUGCCUGCCCAGGUCCCUGUCUGCACCGCUGCAGUGCCCUGGGCCCCAUGUCCACCCCUGUCCUGCCCUUCUUCUCUGGGUAAGGACUGGCCUGCCUCUACCUGGCUGCAUCCUUGGUCUAUCUCAAGUGCCUUGGCAUGAACUCCACUCUCCUGAGCCUUCAGUCAGGGGAUGAUGGGGGAUGUGUACAUGCCCCACCCCACCCCUCAGCAGGGUAAUGCUGAGGAGGUGUGGGUUUUUAACAGUUCCUGGCUUUCCCAGGAGGCUUGGGUUUGGAUGCCCACAGUGGGAGCUGGUGUGAUAUCACACCUUCGUGGUCUGCCUUUCCUUCCUGGUCUCACUCUCGGCCCCUACUUCCCACUCUAGAGCUUCCCCGUUUCUGUGUUUUUUUUUUAAAAGAGCUGACCCUGUGCUGUCUCCCACUCUCCCAGUGCCCCUGCCACUCCUGUGAACCAGCUGCUGGCGAGGUUGGCGCUGACCUCUGUGUCUGACCUCAGGCCUCAUAACAUCAGCCGGCGGCAUCUGACCUCCCUCUAGGAUACGGGGUUUCUUUGGAUGUUUGGACCCCGUACUCACCCCCUUCCUCACCUCCCAGCCACUCUUCUUGUCUCUUGCUGUUUGCUCUCCACUUUAGGACCCAGUGCGUGGCCCUCAGCCCUCUCUCCUCUCAUCACUCCUUUAGCGAAUUUAGCGACUGGUCCAGUCUCAAGGCUGUGGCUUCCUUCUAAACACUGACAACUCCAAAUUCUUUAUCUCUACCGCAAACACAGACCACCGAACUCCAAAUGUCAGCAUCUUUGCUUGAACAUCUCAGACUUAACAUUUCCAAAACUGAAGUGGUGAUGCUCCCUCCCAGCCUGACUCCCCUGAGAUGGGAAAGAAGGCAAUGGCAGCUCCCUCUUUCCAGCCGCUCCAACAGAAACCUUGCGGUCACCCACCCUCCUCUGCCCCACCAGGAUUAGGCUUUCUCAGUUGGCCUCCUUGCCCCCACCCUUGCUUCCCUGAAGCCUCUUCUAACUGUAGGCGAGUUCUGAUGCUUUUCUGCUCAGGACCCUUCUCUGGUUCCCCUGUUGCUCAGAAUCGACUCUGCUGCGGUCCCCAGGGCCCCCUGUCUAGCCUCUCCUCCUGGGAUGCUCUUGCUGCCUGAUGUCACACUGCCCACCUUUGAAAGAUACUCUUCCUAGACCUCUUGUGUUCCUGCAUGACUGGGCCUUCUCAGCAAGGGACACGGACCAGCUUUGCAAGGACGAUGGAACAGCAAAGGGAAGACAGAGUGUGCCCAGGACAGAAACCUUCAUCCCAGGAUGUUUUACCCCAGGGAUCUCUGGAGGAGAGAAAAGGCGGGUCCUCCACAGCCCUGAGAAAAUCUCCAAGUCUCCCAGUUUCAGGUCCCUCUGCUGGGAUACAAGCCCACUGCCUGUCCAGGUGGCACGGUCCACAUCCCCCCUUCUUGGGAAUAGGGGCAUGGGAAACUGACUAAAGAUACUGUUCUGGCUGCUGUGUUUACUGUGAGUAAUAAACUGUCUAUUUCUC